AUGGCAGAGAAACGUCCCUCUAUCGAGGGCCUCGUCGACAAUGUUGACCCUCGAGAAUCCCACGAACUGCAGGAACUCCCAAAGUAUGAGCACGAGAGCGAGCCUGCGCCAAUCCCCCUCAAGGAGAAGCUCAUCACCUGCUUCUGGAUUGCGCUCAACACCUUCUCCACGCUCGGCCUCAUCUUCUUAAGCAAGCGGGUAUUCAGCGAUGAGCAAUUGCACGCAUGCCAGCUCAUGGUUGUCAUGUGGCACUUCACGGCGACCGGCCUCGUCCUCUACAUUUCGACCAAAGGUCCGUUCCGCGCCUUUAAGGCCCUUCGCCUCAAUCCGUGGGAUAUGCUUCCCGUCUGCGCCUUCUUCGCUGGAUACGUUGUGCUUGGGAACCUCAGCUUGACAUACAACUCGAUUGGUUUCUAUCAGCUAUCCAAGGUCAUGACGACGCCGUGCGUUGUCUUGAUCAACUUCGUGCUGUUCCGCAAGACCGUUACGCGCUACAUGCUCGCUGCCAUUCUGGCGACAUGCAUUGGAGUUUCCUUCACCAUCAACGAGGCCGCAAAGACACAGCUGUUUGGUGUCAUCAUUGCGACUCUGGCUUUCUGUUCCACGGCCCUGUACCAAAUCUGGAUCGGCAAGAAGAUCGAGGAUUUUGGUGUUUCCGCUCCUCAGCUCCUUUUGAACCAGGCUCCUAUUUCGGUCCUCCUCCUCGUUCCUUUUGUCCCAUUCUUCGACAAGAUCCCUGACCUAAGUAUCGUUCCGACUAAUAUCCUCUACUCCGUUUGCGCAUCCGGUAUCAUGGCAUCGUUGUACAACCUUUCGCAGUUCCUCAUCAUCGGCCGAACUUCCGCAUUGACGUUCAACAUUGUCAGCCAUCUCAAGACCAUUCUGAUUCUCUCCAUUGGGUGGUAUAGUGAGGGCAAGGUCCUCAGCACAAGAGAAUGGUUCGGAGUCCUGCUGGCUCUUGGUGGUGGCUGGGUGUACUCGCACCUGGCGCUUAAGGCGAAAUCUCAGCAGCGCAAGUAG